GAGACGCCCUCCCCAGUGCAGCGGCUCACGGUGCAGGUGGGGACUCCUGGCUACUGUACCUGGCUGCCGCGGAGCAUGUGGGCGGCCGGCGGCGGGCAUUGCUGGUUAUGGCAGCUCGGAAAUGAAAGCAGCAGAGGCCGCUGCUUCUGAAGGCUGCGGGGAGAUCAGCACCCAGCAAAUGAGAAGCUAGUCCUGGCCCCGGAGGAGGAGGAGGAGUUGCUGAGCAUCUCUCUCCCGCUCCUGGUGUCCUUUAAAUGUGGAGCCUCGCUCUCCGCUCCUGACCCCUCGCUUACAUCACUAACCUGUGACAGGCACAUCUCUCCACGCCCGGUACCUGCUCCUCCAGCAGCUCCAGUCCUAGGAGCCUCUUUGUAUGCGGCAGACAUGGCCAGCCAGCAGGAUUCGGGCUUCUUUGAGAUCAGUAUCAAAUAUUUACUGAAAUCCUGGAGUAAUACUUCUCCGGUUGGCAACGGUUACAUCAAGCCCCCGGUUCCACCAGCUUCGGGCACACACAGGGAAAAAGGGCCACCAACCAUGUUACCCAUCAAUGUGGACCCAGACAGCAAACCAGGAGAAUAUGUCCUCAAGAGUUUAUUUGUCAACUUCACCACUCAGGCUGAGCGCAAGAUUCGCAUCAUCAUGGCAGAGCCACUGGAAAAGCCAUUGACAAAAUCUCUACAGCGUGGAGAAGACCCCCAGUUUGAUCAAGUCAUCAGCUCUAUGAGCUCCCUUUCUGAGUACUGCCUUCCUUCCAUCCUGCGGACACUGUUUGACUGGUACAAAAGGCAAAAUGGUAUUGAGGAUGAAUCCCAUGAAUACAGACCAAGAACAAGCAAUAAAUCAAAAAGUGAUGAACAACAACGAGAUUAUUUAAUGGAGAGACGGGACCUCGCCAUUGAUUUUAUUUUUUCUUUAGUAUUAAUAGAAGUUUUGAAACAGAUUCCACUCCAUCCUGUAAUAGACAGUUUAAUACAUGAUGUGAUUAACUUGGCUUUUAAGCACUUUAAAUACAAAGAAGGGUACCUUGGUCCUAACACUGGCAAUAUGCACAUUGUGGCAGACCUGUAUGCAGAAGUCAUCGGAGUGCUAGCACAAGCUAAGUUCCCUGCUGUCAAGAAGAAAUUUAUGGCUGAGCUGAAAGAGCUUCGGCACAAAGAGCAGAGUCCCUAUGUGGUGCAAAGCAUUAUCAGCUUGAUAAUGGGGAUGAAAUUCUUCCGAAUUAAGAUGUAUCCAGUGGAGGACUUCGAAGCAUCACUUCAGUUCAUGCAGGAAUGUGCACAUUAUUUCCUGGAGGUCAAAGACAAAGAUAUCAAACAUGCUUUGGCUGGGCUUUUUGUAGAAAUUCUUGUCCCCGUUGCUGCUGCUGUUAAAAAUGAAGUCAACGUUCCCUGUCUUAGAAACUUCGUGGAAAGUCUCUAUGAUACCACACUGGAACUUUCUUCUCGAAAGAAGCAUUCCUUGGCAUUAUACCCCCUGGUGACCUGUCUGCUCUGUGUCAGUCAGAAGCAACUGUUCCUGAACAGGUGGCAUGUUUUCCUCAACAACUGUUUGUCCAACCUUAAGAAUAAAGACCCCAAGAUGGCUCGAGUGGCACUGGAAUCUCUCUACAGAUUACUCUGGGUUUACAUGAUUCGAAUCAAAUGUGAAAGCAACACAGCUACUCAGAGCCGACUUAUAACCAUCAUCACAACACUUUUCCCCAAAGGAUCCCGUGGUGUAGUACCAAGGGAUAUGCCUCUGAACAUCUUUGUGAAAAUCAUCCAGUUCAUCGCCCAGGAACGUCUAGAUUUUGCAAUGAAAGAAAUCAUUUUUGACUUUCUUUGUGUGGGAAAACCAGCCAAAGCUUUCAGUCUCAACCCAGAGAGAAUGAACAUUGGUUUACGAGCAUUCUUGGUGAUAGCUGAUAGCUUGCAGCAGAAAGAUGGUGAGCCUCCCAUGCCAGUAACUGGAGCUGUGUUGCCUUCUGGAAACACAUUGAGAGUAAAGAAAACAUAUUUGAGUAAGACACUAACUGAAGAGGAAGCCAAAAUGAUAGGCAUGUCCCUGUAUUACUCUCAAGUUCGCAAAGCUGUAGACAACAUUUUAAGGCACCUUGAUAAAGAGGUGGGACGAUGCAUGAUGUUAACUAACAUCCAGAUGUUAAAUAAAGAACCAGAAGACAUGAUCACGGGUGAGAGAAAGCCAAAAAUAGAUCUUUUCAGGACCUGUGUUGCUGCUAUCCCUCGACUGCUUCCUGAUGGGAUGUCAAAACUUGAACUUAUUGAUUUGCUGGCCAGGCUCUCAAUUCACAUGGACGAUGAACUGCGACACAUUGCACAGAAUUCUCUUCAGGGGUUACUUGUCGACUUCUCGGACUGGAGAGAAGAUGUACUAUUUGGCUUCACUAACUUCUUGCUCCGGGAAGUGAAUGACAUGCAUCAUACCCUCCUCGAUUCCUCCCUCAAGUUGCUUCUGCAGCUACUAACCCAGUGGAAACUGGUCAUUCAAACACAAGGGAGAGUCUACGAACAAGCCAACAAAAUCAGAAACUCAGAGCUCAUUCCCAAUGGCCCCAGCCACAGAGUGCAGUCAGAACGAGGCCCACACUGCAGCGUCCUCCACGCUGUUGAAGGCUUUGCUCUGGUUCUGCUCUGCAGCUUCCAGGUAGCCACGCGCAAACUGUCGGUGUUGAUACUCAAGGAAAUUCGAGCUCUGUUCAUCGCCCUGGGUCAGCCAGAGGAUGAUGACAGGCCAAUGAUUGAUGUCAUGGAUCAACUAAGUUCUUCCAUUCUUGAAAGUUUCAUUCAUGUAGCAGUUUCAGAUUCGGCAACAUUACCACUAACACACAAUGUGGAUCUGCAGUGGCUAGUGGAUUGGAACGCAGUCCUGGUCAAUAGCCACUAUGAUGUGAAGAGCCCUUCCCACGUCUGGAUCUUUGCACAGUCUGUCAAAGACCCCUGGGUCCUCUGCCUCUUCAGCUUCCUCCGCCAGGAGAACCUGCCCAAGCACUGUCCCACGGCCCUUAGCUACGCCUGGCCUUAUGCAUUCACCCGGCUCCAGUCCGUGAUGCCGCUGGUAGACCCAAACAGCCCGAUUAAUGCCAAGAAAGCCAGCACGUCAGGCAGUGGAGACAACUAUGUUACCUUGUGGAGAAAUUACCUCAUUCUGUGCUUUGGAGUUGCCAAACCCAGUAUUAUGAGCCCAGGACACUUACGAGCUUCCACUCCAGAAAUAAUGGCAACAACACCCGAUGGUACAGUGAGCUACGAUAACAAGGCCAUAGGCACGCCCUCAGUGGGAGUUCUGCUGAAGCAGCUGGUGCCUUUGAUGAGGCUGGAGAGCAUUGAGAUCACAGAGUCCCUAGUCUUAGGAUUUGGAAGAACGAAUUCCCUUGUUUUCAGAGAACUGGUUGAAGAACUUCAUCCAUUAAUGAAAGAAGCUCUCGAAAGAAGACCAGAGAACAAGAAGCGCCGAGAGCGAAGAGACUUGCUAAGGCUUCAACUACUUCGGAUAUUUGAACUUCUGGCAGAUGCUGGGGUGAUAAGUGACAGCACAAAUGGAGCCUUAGAACGGGAUACCUUAGCCCUCGGAGCUUUGUUCUUAGAAUACGUGGACUUGACCCGCAUGCUCUUAGAAGCUGAAAACGACAAAGAAGUUGAAAUUCUUAAAGACAUUCGAGCGCAUUUCAGUGCCAUGGUCGCCAACUUGAUUCAGUGCGUUCCAGUUCACCAUAGAAGAUUUCUCUUCCCUCAGCAAAGCCUGAGGCACCACCUCUUCAUCUUGUUUAGCCAGUGGGCAGGACCCUUCAGCAUCAUGUUUACUCCUUUGGACCGUUACAGUGACAGAAAUCAUCAGAUAACCAGAUACCAGUAUUGUGCAUUAAAAGCCAUGUCAGCAGUGUUAUGUUGUGGUCCUGUGUUCGACAAUGUGGGCCUUUCUCCAGAUGGCUAUCUAUAUAAGUGGCUUGACAAUAUUCUGGCUUGUCAAGAUUUACGAGUUCAUCAACUAGGCUGUGAAGUUGUUGUCUUGCUACUGGAACUUAAUCCCGACCAAAUAAACCUUUUUAACUGGGCCAUUGACCGAUGCUACACGGGUUCCUACCAACUUGCAUCCGGCUGCUUUAAAGCCAUCGCAACAGUGUGUGGAAGCAGGAAUUAUCCCUUCGACAUAGUGACACUGCUAAACCUCGUUCUCUUCAAGGCUUCUGACACCAACAGAGAGAUUUAUGAAAUCUCCAUGCAGCUCAUGCAGAUCCUUGAAGCAAAGCUUUUUGUGUACUCGAAAAAAGUCACCGAACAAAGACCUGGCAGUAUUCUCUAUGGAACACAUGGCCCAUUGCCACCCCUCUACAGUGUGUCGCUAGCCCUCCUGUCAUGUGAACUGGCCAGAAUGUACCCUGAGCUCACUCUUCCUCUCUUCUCAGAGGUGAGCCAGAGAUUCCCCACAACACACCCAAAUGGGCGCCAGAUCAUGCUCACCUACCUGCUGCCUUGGCUGCACAACAUCGAGCUGGUGGACAGCAGACUCCUUCUCCCAGGGUCUAGCCCCAACAGCCCUGAGGAUGAGGGCAAGGACCGGGAAGGAGACGUGACCACCUCUCAUGGGUUAAAAGGGAAUGGCUGGGGUUCUCCAGAAGCCACGUCGCUGGUCCUGAAUAACCUCAUGUACAUGACAGCCAAGUAUGGAGAUGAAGUUCCUGGACCAGAAAUGGAAAAUGCUUGGAAUGCUCUGGCCAACAACGAGAAAUGGAGCAACAACCUGCGGAUCACCCUUCAGUUCCUGAUCAGUCUGUGUGGGGUGAGCAGCGACACCAUCCUCCUGCCCUAUAUUAAGAAGGUAGCAAUAUACUUGUGUCGAAAUAACACCAUCCAAACCAUGGAAGAACUGCUCUUUGAGUUGCAGCAGACGGAGCCAGUGAACCCUAUCGUCCAGCACUGCGACAACCCACCCUUCUACAGAUUCACAGCUAGCAGCAAGGCCUCUGCAGCUGCUUCUGGAACCACCUCCAGCAGCAAUACAGUAGUUGCCGGCCAGGACAGCUUCCCAGACCCCGAGGAGAACAAGAUACUGAAAGAAUCAGAUGACAGGUUUAGUAAUGUUAUCCGAGCCCACACUCGCCUUGAAUCAAGAUACAGCAAUAGUUCUGGAGGAUCAUAUGAUGAGGAUAAAAAUGAUCCAAUCUCUCCCUACACUGGCUGGUUGUUAACUAUUACGGAAACCAAGCAGCCACAGCCUUUACCGAUGCCAUGCACUGGAGGAUGCUGGGCCCCCUUAGUUGACUAUCUCCCAGAAACCAUCACUCCCCGGGGGCCACUGCACAGGUGCAAUAUUGCUGUGAUCUUUAUGACUGAGAUGGUGGUGGAUCACAGUGUGAGAGAAGACUGGGCCCUUCAUCUUCCAUUGUUACUUCAUGCUGUCUUCUUAGGUUUGGACCAUUAUCGGCCUGAAGUCUUUGAGCACAGCAAGAAGUUGCUUCUUCACCUCCUGAUCGCCCUGUCUUGCAACAGCAACUUUCAUUCCAUUGCUUCUGUGCUCCUGCAGACCCGAGAGAUGGGGGAAGCUAAGACGUUAACUGUGCAGCCAGCUUACCAGCCAGAGUACCUCUAUACAGGUGGCUUUGACUUCUUAAGAGAGGACCAGUCAUCACCAGUGCCAGACUCUGGGCUCAGCUCCAGUUCCACCUCCUCCAGCAUCAGCCUUGGUGGCAGCAGUGGGAAUCUCCCACAGAUGACCCAGGAGGUAGAGGACGUAGAUGCAACUGCUGAAACGGAUGAGAAGGCAAACAAGCUCAUUGAGUUUCUAACAACCAGGGCAUUUGGUCCACUUUGGUGCCAUGAAGACAUCACACCCAAAAAUCAGAAUUCGAAGAGUGCUGAACAGCUUACUAAUUUUCUACGCCACGUUGUAUCUGUAUUUAAAGAUUCCAAAUCAGGUUUCCAUCUGGAGCAACACUUGAGUGAGGUUGCACUACAGACAGCUCUAGCAAGCUCUUCGAGGCACUAUGCAGGCCGAUCUUUCCAGAUAUUUCGGGCCCUGAAGCAACCCCUGUCAGCACAUGCCUUGUCUGACCUACUGUCGAGACUGGUGGAGGUGAUUGGAGAACAUGGUGAUGAGAUUCAGGGUUAUGUAAUGGAAGCACUCCUGACCUUGGAAGCCGCUGUGGAUAACUUGUCUGACUGCCUGAAGAACAGUGAUCUCUUAACAGUAUUAUCUCGGUCUUCAUCACCGGAUCUAAGCUCCAGCACUAAACUCACAGCUAGCAGGAAGAGCACAGGACAACUGAACAUGAACGCUGGGGCUGCUGGUGGCAACCCCACAACCGCAGAACGCAGCCGGCACCAAAGAAGCUUCUCUGUGCCCAAGAAGUUUGGUGUUGUUGACCGAUCCUCUGACCCACCUCGAAGUGCCACACUGGACAGAAUUCAGGCUUGUACCCAACAAGGCCUUUCCUCAAAACCCAGAAGCAAUUCCUCCCUGAAGGAUAGCCUCACGGACCCAUCCCACAUAAACCAUCCCACCAACCUGCUGGCCACCAUCUUCUGGGUCACAGUCGCCUUGAUGGAGUCUGAUUUUGAGUUUGAAUACCUAAUGGCCUUAAGGCUUUUGAAUCGACUGCUGGCACAUAUGCCUCUGGAUAAAGCUGAGAACCGAGAAAAGCUUGAGAAACUCCAGGGGCAGCUCAAGUGGGCUGACUUCUCUGGGUUACAGCAGCUGCUUCUGAAAGGAUUCACUUCCCUCACCACCACAGACCUGACCCUGCAGCUUUUCAGCUUGCUGACACCCGUGUCCAAAGUGCCCAUGGUGGACUCAUCCCAAGCUAUUGGGUUUCCACUGAACGUUUUGUGUCUCCUGCCCCAACUCAUCCAGCAUUUUGAAAACCCCAAUCAGUUCUGUAAGGAUAUAGCUGAAAGGAUUGCUCAGGUUUGCUUGGAAGAAAAAAAUCCUAAACUUUCAAAUCUUGCACACGUGAUGACUCUUUACAAAACGCACAGCUACACAAGAGACUGUGCCACGUGGGUCAAUGUGGUCUGUCGGUACCUGCAUGAAGCAUACACUGACAUCACCUUGAAUAUGGUCACCUACCUGGCAGAGUUGCUAGAGAAAGGCCUCCCCAGCAUGCAACAGCCGCUCCUCCAAGUCAUCUACAGCCUGCUCAGCUACAUGGAUCUUUCAGUCGUUCCUGUCAAGCAGUUUAACAUGGAAGUACUGAAGACCAUUGAAAAAUAUGUCCAAAGUGUUCACUGGAGGGAAGCUCUGAAUAUCUUGAAGUUGGUUGUUUCUCGAUCAGCCAGCCUGGUGCUGCCUUCUUACCCACACAGUGAUCUCUCCAAGAUAGAAAUCCACCGAGUGUGGACUAGUGCUUCUAAGGAGCUACCUGGAAAGACUCUGGAUUUCCACUUUGACAUUUCAGAGACACCAAUCAUCGGGAGACGUUAUGAUGAACUACAGAAUUCCUCUGGGCGGGAUGGGAAGCCUAGGGCCAUGGCCGUCACCCGGAGCGCAUCGUCCACCUCAUCAGGCUCCAACUCCAAUGUCCUUGUUCCUGUGAGCUGGAAAAGGCCCCAGUAUUCCCAGAAGAGAACAAAAGAAAAGUUGGUGCAUGUUCUUUCUCUCUGUGGCCAAGAAGUAGGACUCAGCAAAAACCCCUCUGUGAUUUUUUCCUCGUGUGGGGACCUGGAUCUGCUAGAGCAUCAGACGAGCCUGGUGUCUUCUGAGGACGGUGCCCGGGAGCAGGAGAACAUGGAUGACACCAACAGUGAACAGCAGUUUCGAGUCUUCAGGGACUUUGAUUUCCUGGAUGUGGAACUGGAGGAUGGAGAGGGGGAGAGCAUGGACAACUUCAACUGGGGUGUACGCAGGCGUUCGCUGGACAGCCUGGAUAAGUGUGACAUGCAGAUCCUGGAGGAGCACCAACUCUCAGGAAGUACUCCCAGUCUAAAUAAAAUGAACCAUGAGGAUUCGGAUGAGUCAUCUGAGGAGGAGGACCUCACAGCCAGCCAGAUCCUAGAGCACUCAGACCUCAUCAUGAACCUCUCCCCCUCUGAGGAGGCCAAUCCCAUGGAAUUGCUCACCACUGCCUGUGACUCGAACCCUACAGACCCUCAUUCUUUUAAUACGAGAAUGGCAAGCUUUGACACUUCUUUGCCUGACAUGAAUAAUCUGCAGAUUUCUGAGGGGUCAAAGGCUGAAGCUGUACCUGAAGAGGAGGACACCACCGUGCAUGAAGAUGAUCUUUCAAGUUCCAUCAAUGAACUCCCAGCAGCUUUUGAAUGCAGUGACAGCUUCAGCCUGGAUAUGACUGAGGCAGAGGAAAAAGGCAAUCAGGGCCUGGACCAGUUUACUCUCGCAAGCUUUGGAGAAGGAGACAGGGGUGUGUCUCCCCCUCCCUCGCCCUUCUUCUCGGCCAUCCUCGCUGCCUUUCAGCCUGCUGCCUGUGAUGAUGCUGAGGAGGCCUGGCGCAGCCACAUUAACCAGCUCAUGUGUGACUCAGACGGCUCCUGUGCUGUGUACACAUUUCAUGUGUUCUCCUCUCUGUUUAAGAAUAUUCAGAAAAGGUUCUGCUUCCUAACCUGUGAUGCAGCCAGUUACCUUGGAGAUAAUCUCCGGGGAAUAGGAUCCAAAUUUGUCAGCUCUUCCCAAAUGCUCACCUCCUGCUCUGAAUGCCCUACGCUAUUUGUGGAUGCUGAGACUCUCCUUUCUUGUGGACUUCUAGACAAGCUGAAGUUCAGUGUUUUAGAGCUACAAGAAUAUUUGGACACCUACAACAAUAGAAAAGAGGCCACUCUCUCGUGGCUUGCAAAUUGUAAAGCAGCAUUUGCAGGGGGAUCAAGAGAUGGAGUAAUUACCUGUCAGCCAGGAGACUCGGAAGAAAAGCAACUGGAACUGUGUCAGAGAUUAUAUAAGCUGCACUUCCAGCUGCUGUUGCUUUUUCAGUCCUACUGUAAGCUCAUCGGCCAGGUGCACGAAGUGAGCUCCAUGCCGGAGCUGCUGAAUAUGUCCAGAGAACUGAGUGACCUGAAGAGGAACCUGAAGGAGGCCACUGCAGCUAUCGCCACAGACCCACUUUACAUAGAGGGAGCCUGGUCAGAGCCAACCUUCACAUCCACUGAGGCAGCCAUUCAGUCCAUGCUGGAGUGCCUGAAGAACAACGAGCUUGGCAAAGCACUACGGCAGAUCAGGGAGUGCAGAAGCCUGUGGCCUAACGACAUCUUUGGAAGCAGUUCUGAUGAUGAGGUCCAGACACUACUGAAUAUUUAUUUCCGUCACCAAACUCUGGGACAGACGGGUACUUAUGCCCUGGUGGGGUCUAACCAGAGCCUUACCGAAAUCUGCACCAAACUGAUGGAGCUGAACAUGGAGAUCCGGGACAUGAUCCGCAGGGCCCAGAGCUACCGGGUCCUCACUGCCUUUCUCCCAGACUCCAGUGUUUCUGGCACUAGUCUCUGACAGAAGCCUCGCGUCCCCCAUGGUUUCCAAGCUGGCAGUGCUGCCAUGCUGGGGCGACGUCAUUCAGUGUCUUCUCAGCCUUCACAAGGCUUGGACAGACUGUUCUCCCUCUUGUUACCUGUAGGACUUUUUCUAAAGAAGAUGACAGAACUUCCAAUGUGUAGCAAUACUCUCCAAACCAAGGUGGCAUAGGACCUCCUGAGACAGAGCCUACCCAUCAUGCUGUGUGGCAUACGUGUGCUAUCUUUCACUGAACAAAUGCAAUUCACUACUGAAGCGACUUCCAUUGCAUACCAAAGCCGACAACACUGAACAAUACCUUCCUUUCUAGAAACAGUUUUAGAUUGGCAGAAGUGCAAUGUUUUCUUCACACACAAAAAAAAUUUAUAUUCUAAAACUUGUACAUUCGUUCCCUUUCUCCUUUUUUUCCUUCCUUUAUAUUUUGUGGGGUUUUUGUUUCUUUUUUUAGUAGGUUGAAAAGGGGGCAGGCAGAAUGAAGCUGGCCAGUGGAAAGCUGUAAAACGGUCAAAAGCUGACAGCCUGUGUGCUUGAAAGGGAAUUGUAAAUGGACUAAAAUUUAAUGACACUGUUAUUUGAAUACAAUUACUGUAUCUAAAAGGAGCUGCUAUGAGGUACCUUUCUUAUGUUGCUAGGCUACUGUUUCUGAAGACCCUGGAUCUCUUUGCACCAGAGAUGAUCCAGAUGGACUCUUUUUAAGGAUCUUGGCUGCUUUUUACUAGAAGGUUGCUUUUAUGAGCAUAUUUAUACUACAGAAGGAUGUGUUAAUUUUAAUUAACUUUGCCAUUUUGUAGAAAAAAAUUAUUCACAUAAAUUCUAAGUCUUUUCACCUGUCAUGCAUGAACAUUUAAUAUCCAUUUGGAUAUUGAGAAAUAGUCAUAAAGGUAAAAUAUGAGUUGCCACUUUAAAAAUAAUGUCAUAUUUUAUUUGUAAUAUAUGUAAAGGACCAUUCUUAAGUUUCUUCCUUAAACCCAAUCCUGUCAAGUGUUAGAUGUGUGCAUGUGAAUCUGUUGCACAUCAAAAACAUAUUCAAAGUUUAUCUAUGUAACUUAUUCACUCUGUAAAUACAUUUAAAGUUUUUGUGAUGUAAUCUUGAUACUCUGUUCAGGACUUCCUUUAGACUAAAAAAGAAAGAAAAAUACACGUUGAUCAUGGAUUUUAUUUCUAGUUAAUUAAAAUAUUUGCCUUUGACACUUUUGUAGUUUUGCAUACGGUUGUCACCAUAACAACUCCAAGGCAUACCAUUCACAUGUAUUCUAUGAAUGGCACCCUUUGGGGUUUUGCAGUACAUAGCCCCUGAAUCUACAUGUAAGUUCAAUGUCUGUGCACAUGGGCACCAAAAUAAUGUAAUUUUCAACCAGUUAUCUUUUACCAACCAAAGAGAAAAAUGAGA